GGUGGGAUCCCAAGCCGCUCACACCAUUCUUCUCUCCUCCAUCUUCUCUCACAACAACCCUGUAAGGUUUCUUGCCGACCCAGAGGACGCACACCUUCCUUCAGAACUCAUGAGUGUCUCUGACAGAGCACCAUAAUGACGGAGGAAGCCUGCCGGACACGGAGCCAGAAGCGAGCGCUGGAACGCGAGAUCAACCAGAACGACGUUGACAGUAAAAAGAUGAAGCUGGACAAAGGCCUUUUGGGGGCCCCGGAGGCCAAUGCGGAAGGCGGGGACCUUAAGAUAAAGACUGACCCCACCUCUGGGAGAGUCCCGGGAUUAUUAAAAGGCGGGGAAAUGAAAGCCACCAUCAAAGUGGAGGUGCAGACGGGGGACGAGCCGGUGGACAUGAGCACUUCGAAAAGUGACGUCAAGCGAGAGCGGAGAGUCCCGUCGCCGGAUGUAAUAGUCCUCUCGGACAACGAGCCGUCGAGUCCCAGAAUGAAUGGGCUGACGAAAAUAGCGAUCAAGGAGACCAGUGCGGAGGCGUUGAUGAAAAGCAGCCCAGAAGAGCGCGAGCGAAUGAUCAAGCAGCUGAAGGAGGAGCUGCGGUUAGAAGAGGCGAAACUGGUGCUGUUGAAAAAGCUCCGGCAGAGUCAAAUACAGAAGGAAGUGACCGCUCAGAAGCCUGCUGGCUCCUCAGGAAAUAGUGUGGCAACCCCUCCACCAUUGGUGCGGGGAACACAGACCAUCACUUCUAGCAAAUCAUCCCUCCUUCAGAAUUCUUCUUCCCGUAUCCCUGGGACUGUUAUCCCUCCCCCGUUGAUCCGUGGUGGGCAGCAAGCCUCCUCAAAGCUGGGUUCUCAGCAAAACACACAAAUAGUCAUGCCCCCUCUCGUCCGAGGGGCACAGCAAAUCCACAACAUUCGCCAACACUCCACCUCAGGGCCCCCUCCGCUGCUGCUGGCUCCCCGGGCCUCCGUCCCCAGCGUGCAGAUCCAGGGCCAGCGGAUCAUACAGCAAGGCCUGAUCCGCGUUGCAAACGUACCCAAUGCGAGCCUGUUGGUCAACAUCCCACAGGCCUCUCCGACUUCCCUCAAAGGCACGGCCGUGACGUCGGCCCAGGCGAACGCCGCGGCCACCACGACCAGCGUGGCUUCCAUCGUCAACGCCAACGACUCCCCCGCCAGCCGGCAAGCGGCCGCCAAGCUGGCCCUUCGGAAGCAGCUGGAGAAGACCCUCCUGGAGAUCCCACCUCCCAAACCGCCAGCCCCCGAAAUGAACUUCCUGCCCAGCGCGGCCAACAACGAGUUCAUCUACCUGGUCGGGCUGGAGGAGGUGGUGCAGAACCUCCUCGAGAGUCAAGGCAAAGUGUCGGUUGCUCCCUCCUCCCAGGAGCCCUACACCUGCGUCCAGUGCAAGACGGACUUCACCUGCCGCUGGCGGGAAGAGAAGCGGGGGCUGAUCAUGUGCGAGACCUGCAUGUCCUCCAACCAGAAGAAGGCCCUGAAGGCCGAGCACACCAACCGCCUGAAGGCCGCCUUCGUCAAGGCCCUGCAGCAGGAGCAGGAGAUCGAGCAGCGGAUAUUGCAGCAGGCCGCCUCCCCCGGGCAGACCAAGCCGGAUCAGCUCGCCCAGCAGCACCAUGCCCUCAAGCAGACCUCCAGCCAGCUGCCCCGAAGCACCAGCACCCCCCGUGGAGUCUUGCAUGCAUUUAGCCCGUCGCCCAAGUUGCAGAACGCAUCCGGCGUGGCCGUACUUGGUGGCAGGCAAGGUAAGCAUGCUCCGAGGCCCAUCGGGAAAGGCGGUGCUUGCACUUGGAAGAAGACUCUCGCCAACGCAGGUGGGGCCCUCAGUUUUGUGAACCCCAGCCUCGCCGUGCACAAAGCGGCUUCUUCGGCCGUGGACCGCCAGCGCGAGUACCUUCUGGAUAUGAUCCCGCCGCGAUCCAUCCCGCAGUCCGCCACCUGGAAAUAACUCAGGAGCCUCCGCCCUUCUCGUGGGAGACUUCGAUUUUUUUUCCCUGAGGGAGGGGUUAAUUCCUCACCCCUUCUCCCAUUUGAGUCUGCCACCUUUCUCUGCCCCCCCCCCCAAAUUUCACCAUGCAGUGGAAAACCUGCUUUUUGAGCCUAGCUGGAUUUGCCCCGUUUGGGGGGGGGGCCGCCGCAGGGAGGCUUAAUUUUUCUUUGGUCAGCCCGGCUGAAGGCGGCCUCACAUUCCACAGGGUGGAAGGAAUGCUUUUUUUUUUUUUUUGGUGUGUGUGUGGGGGGGGCAACAGCGAUGAGAUGAGGCUACCAAAUUCUCGCGGCAAAGGCGGGCUCGGAGAGGGGAGAGCAAUGGCGGCGAUUCUCCUUUUAUUUUUCUUUUAUGUAUUUUUUUUAU